AUGUCCAAAUCACGAGGCAAUAUCAUCAACCCCGACGAAUUGAUAGAAAAAUACGGAGCGGAUGCUUUACGACUUUAUGAAAUAUUCAUGGGUCCUGCCGAACAAACUACUAAAGCAAGUUUAACUAAUUUAACCAGUAAUAAUAUCACUAACAAAGAAAUCGAAGAAGCAUACAGAGAAAUGGUUAACAAGACUACUGAAUACUAUCAAAUAGACAUGAAAGAAAACCAAAUCUUAAAAGGAAAUACUGGAGUUCAGGUGGCUUACUCAUCAACCGAAAAGCAACCAACCAAAAUAACAGGAUUGAAAGACCCGAACCUUAUUAAGGUGAGUGGAACUUUAACUAGUAGAAUAGAAGUUAAACCUAGUUCAGAUAUUCCUGCUUAUGGAUUUUUUAAGUUGGAAGAUAAAGAAGUUGAUAUCCCCGUAGUGUUCAGAAUAAAAGAUCAACAUAACAACUGA